AUCUGUUUUGUUGAAAUAAUUCUGGGUAGUUUUAGAGACGUUUUCCACGUCAAGCGUCACAAUUAUACGAAGCUAAAAAUUGUUUUGUGAGCCUACUGUUGAGCAUGUCAGUGUGGAGAUUAUCUGCAGGCUAGUUUAGCUAGUAGCCUCGCUGCUGUUCAAAAUAUAAACAGUGUAACUCAUUUAAAAAAAAUGUAUUUUCUGUACACAAUAGUAGCGGCUUUAGUUUUCUUUUUCAUUUUAAAAUGGUUAAAAAAGCGGCGUUUUUGCACUGAUGUUAAAAGACUUGAUGGCAAGACAGUUCUUAUUACAGGCGGAAAUUCUGGUAUUGGCAAGGAGACGGCUGUAGCCUUGGCAAUGAGAGGUGCCCGUGUCAUUAUUGCGUGCAGAGAUGCAGACAAGGCUGAGAAGGCUGUGAGAGAGAUCAAGGUCAGGAGUCACAGUCUUAAUGUUGUUUACAUGGAUCUGGAUCUGGCCAACCUGUGCUCCAUAAGAAACUUCUGUAAGACCUUCCUUCAGAAAGAAAAGAGGCUUGACAUAUUGAUCAACAAUGCAGCCAUGCCCAGUGUUCUGGACUGGACAGAUGACGGAUUCAGCAUGUGUUUUGGAGUCAAUCACUUGGGACAUUUCCUCCUAACGAACCUGCUUCUGCCAUGCCUGAAGGAAAGCGCCGCGAGCCGAGUGGUCACCCUCACAUGUUCCAGCUACAAAUACCAGAAACUGAAUUUCCAGGAUCUAAACUACAACCUGCUGCCUUUCUUCACCUACUGCCGCAGCAAACUAGCCAACAUUUACUUCAGCCAGGAGCUGGCUCGCGUCACUGAAGGGAAAGGAGUGACAUCAUACGCUGUGCAUCCUGGUUUUGUGCAAAGCGGUUGGACAUGUCACUACUCCCUGCUGUUCCGGAUGCUGAUGCAGGUGAUCAUGUGGAUGUUUUUUGUUCCAUGUGAGAUGGGGGCUCAGUGUGUUGUCUACUGUGCUGUGUCUGAUGAAGCCGCCAAACACAACGGGGGUUACUUUGUCGACUGUCGACCUGCUGCUCUGCGUCCUUUUGCAAGAGACCCCGGUGUAGCCAAGAAGCUGUGGGAAGCCAGUGAGAGACUGGUACAGCUGGCCUAAUGGCACAGAACAGUCGGGGACUCUGUUUUUGAAUGGAAAGAGGACAGCACCCAUAUAUUUCUUACAGUAUUUAAUACACUGAAAUUGUGGCAGGAACCCUUCCUCAGCAUGAACGCAAGUCAGGUACAAAAAUGAAGUUAUUAUUUUGGCCUUCCUGUAGCACUUGGAAUGCAACUAAACAGGAAAAACUAGUGAUUAUCAGAAUGAUUUAAAACCAUAUGAUCCAAUUAUCAGCGAUAGAUUAUCCCAAACCUACAGUUUAUGAAUGGUCAGUCAUUACACUGAGAAUUUUUGAUGCACUAGAAACUUAAGAAGACAGACUGUGUUCAGCGUGUUUGUAAGUAUUUCAGGCGUUUUCCACAAUUCUUCAUUAACAACAGUAAUGCCAGUUUCACGGUGCAUUAGGAAAGAAUUCACAGCGCUUCACUUUUUCCACAUUUUAUUAUGUU